AUGCUGGACGGGCUGAAGAUGGAGGAGACUUUGCAGAGCGCCCUGGAGCCCGCCGCCCCCUUCCCCUCGCUGCUGGGUAAGGCCGUGCCCCCCCGCUCGGUGUGCGAGGGGUGCCAGCGGGUCAUUUCGGACCGGUUCCUGCUGCGCCUCAAUGACAGCCUGUGGCACGAGCAGUGUGUGCAGUGCACGUCGUGCAAGGAGCCCCUGCACACCACCUGCUUCUAUCGUGACAAGAAGCUCUACUGCAAGCUGGACUACGAGAAGUUGUUCGCGGUGAAGUGCGCCGGGUGCCUGGAGACCAUCGCACCCAGUGAGCUGGUGAUGCGCGCCCAGAAGAGCGUCUACCACCUACGCUGCUUCUGCUGCUGCGUCUGCGAGCGGCGCCUGCAGAAGGGCGACGAGUUUGUGCUGAAGGAGGGGCAGCUGCUCUGUAAGGGCGACUACGAGAAGGAGCGGGAGCUGCUGAGCUUGGUGAGCCCGGCUCUGUCGGAUUCUGGCAAAAGUGAUGACGAAGACAGCAUCUGCAAAAUGGGCCCGGCCUCAGGGAAGGGAGCCGAGGAGGGGAAGGACCACAAGCGGCCCAAGCGGCCCCGCACCAUCCUGACCACGCAGCAGCGGAGGGCAUUCAAGGCAUCCUUCGAGGUCUCCUCCAAGCCCUGCAGGAAGGUGCGGGAGACGCUGGCAGCUGAGACGGGUCUGAGCGUCCGCGUGGUGCAGGUCUGGUUCCAGAACCAGAGAGCAAAGAUGAAGAAGCUGGCUAGGAGGCAGCAGCAGCAGCAGCAGGACCAGCAAAACACACAGCGCCUGAGCUCAGCCCAGCCCAACGGCGGUGGCAAUGGGGGGCUGGAGGGGCUCAUGAACCCCUACACUGCUCUGCCCCCCCCGCAACAGCUCCUGGGCAUGGAGCAGGGCGUCUACAGCUCCGACCCCUUCCGGCAAGGGCUCACCCCGCCACAGAUGCCUGGAGACCACAUGCACCCCUAUGGUGCUGAGCCCCUCUUCCAUGACAUGGACAGCGACGAUACCUCACUGAGCAACCUGGGCGACUGCUUCCUCGCCACGGCGGACGCGGGGCCGCUGCAGGCACGGGUGGGGAACCCCAUCGACCACCUCUACUCCAUGCAGAGCUCCUACUUCACCUCCUGA